CCAAGAUGUUUGCUCCAUUUAAAAUCCCACUACCAUUACUGACUGAUUCCUACAAGGUUGCUCACAAUCAGCUGUAUCCUGAUGCUGUCAAGAUGGUAGCAUAUGGAGAGUUUCGUGCAAGUUAUAACAAGGACAAGACUGAUUCUCGUAUAGUGUUCUAUGGGAUGCGAUAUUUUAUUGAAAACUAUGUCGCUGUCAAAUAUACUGUGCAGGAUGUGCAACAGGCUGAAGCAUUUCUUUCUACCCACAACGCUGGUGCAACUCCAUUUCCUUUUCCAAAGGACUUGUUUCUCAAGUUUAUUGAAGAGUAUGAUGGAUACUUUCCUGUAAAGAUCAUUGCCAUGCCAGAAGGUUCUGUCAUUUAUCCACAUGUACCAGUUUACCAAAUCACUGCUGAGCACAAGUAUGCUCGAUUGGUGACCUAUUUGGAAACCCUGUUGACCAUGGUUUGGUAUCCAUCCACCGUGGCUACUCUGUCAAGACGUUGUCGGGAUAUUAUUGAAAAAAGUUAUCAAGAUACCGUCGAUGCAUCGGGCGAUUGGUCACUUUCAAGCCGUCUUCACGAUUUUGGUUUCCGUGGAUGUACAAGUGUUGAACAGUCUGUUAUUGGUGGAUGUGCUCAUUUGCUCAAUUUUGAAGGAACCGACACUAUGAGUGCUGCUUGGUAUGCUCAAUUUCAUUUGAACGACAGUAUCCCAGUUGGAUAUUCGAUUCCAGCCACUGAACAUUCGAUCAUGACAGCCUUCCGCAACGAAAAGCUUGCAAUGCUGCACCUUCUUGAUCAAUUUGGAAGUGGUGUAUGUGCAUGUGUCAUGGACUCUUAUGACUACACCGCUGCACUUGAAAACAUACUUCCGAGCAUCGCUGCAGUAAAAACCGAAAAAGGUGGAUUUUUGGUUUUGCGUCCAGAUAGUGGCGAUCCGGUUGAAGUUGUUCUUCAAGCUCUUCGUGCUGCUGACAGCGUGUUUGGUAGCGAUAUCAACUCCAAAGGAUUCAAGGUUCUCAGAGGUGUAGGUGUGAUUCAAGGAGAUGGCAUCAAUAUUUCCACCAUCGCUCAGAUUGCUGAUGCAAUCAAGGCUGCUGGAUAUUCAGGCCAGAACUGUGCCUAUGGUAUGGGCGGCGGUCUGCUUCAAAAACUAAAUCGUGAUACCAUGUCCUUUGCCACAAAACUAUCCAAAAUUGUUUAUGCCGAUGGUACUGAGCGCGAUGUAAUGAAAAUGCCCAAGACUGGAAGUGAAAAGAUCAGUCUUCCUGGAGAGCUUAAAGUGAUUCGAGAUAGUGCUGGAAUUCCUUUGGUUUAUCCCGUUGAUUCAAAGCAGCCUGGACAAGAUGAGAUGGUUGUGGUGUACAACCAUGGAAAAGCAACAGCACCUUGGGAUUCAUUUACUGCUGUUCGCAAACGUCUUUCUACUCAAUGGGCUGCUGCACCGAAAUUGGCAGACGUGAUUUCCAAAGAUCUAAAGGCCAAGAUUGAGCAAGUUUGUGCCAACCAACAACAGGAAAACAAGCAAGUAAAAUAAAGCAAUCCUUUUAUUAU